AUGAGGGACAAUGUCAAUCGAGUGCUGGAGCGUGAGGCAAAGUUGACAGAAAUUGACAGUCGAGCAGAUGAUUUACAGGUGCAAUCUCGGCAGUUCGAAGCGGUUUCCGCUCGUGUGAGGAGAAAGUACUUUUGGCAAAACAUGAAGAUGUGGGGCAUCAUUGCUAUGGUUGGCGUUGCUCUCAUUGUGGUAGUGAUUGAACAUCACUUGAAGUGGUGGAUCGGUUCACGCACCUUGCUAGGUGUCCAACUUAAUUUUCAUUCAACCCCGAUUAGUCUAACGUAG